CCGAUUCUCCGUUCUCUGUUUCAGAUACGAAGGGAAAAAAAAAAAUAAAAUCCGAAGACAGAAGCCCUAGGUUGGGGGGAUUGGGCUAUGAAAUUGUUCCUUGGAGGACUCCGGCGAUCGUUCACUUCCCUCUUCUUCAGUUCCGUCAAUUCACCAUUCCCUCCAAAACCCUUACGGCUUUCAAAGUAGUAGUGUGAGCUUUGCUCAGCAGCCUCAGCCCGGUGCCCUAUUACAUAGCACGAUGCAAUCCCAUCCUGAAAGCAACGGUUCCCAACUUCUCCACGGUGGGCAUCAAACAGCAGCCGAUGGCAUUGGGCUCCGAUCUCUGAAUCAAACUGGAACGGCCGAGGCAGUGCCCAUGCACCACUACGACCAAAUACCCCAAGAAACAUCCGCUAGUUUCGGUUGGGAUAACCGUGUUUCUGGAAAUGAUCGUAGUAUGGGCGACAUCGAAACUGCCGCUUGCGAUGCCGUGCUGAGAGAACAGGAAAUUGCCACUCAAAGAAUUAUACAUAGUCAAAGGCAAGCCAAAGGUGAAAGUGAGCCUUCUAUGGAUAACACAGACAUUCUAUCGGGCAGACGCCAUGACCCUAAUGCUCUAAAGGAGCAUUUGCUAAAGAUGACCACAGAACAUCGUGCAGAAAUGGCCUUAAAACGUGGAAAGUCUACACUUCGUGAGGAAGGUAACAUAGAAAUUGGAAAUGGGUAUGGUGUACCGGGUGGAGGUGCUUAUUAUGGUGCUUCGAGGUCCAACAUUGCUAUGCCCAAAAAAUUGGGAAUUGGAGGUAAUGAAGGCCAUAAAAGUCCUGAGAUUAAUAGAGAAUCUGAGGAGAAAUCUGAGUCUAAAGAGUUGCCCGAGUAUCUCAAGCAGAAGUUGAGGGCAAGGGGCAUUCUUAAGGAUGACACAGCAAAAGGGGAUCCUCACAUCAACACAUUUAAGGCCAUGAAGUUAGAAGCUCAGUCAACUCAAACCACUGCACCGGCGAAGCUUCCUACUGGAUGGGUGGAGGCAAAGGACCCUGCAAGUGGUGCUUCAUAUUAUUACAAUGAAAACACUGGGAUGAGUCAAUGGGAAAGGCCUGUUGAGACUUCUUUUAGUUCACAACCUCCAUCUCCUUUAUCUCUUCCAGAAGAUUGGGAGGAGGCAUUAGAUGUAACAACGGGUCAAAAAUAUUACUACAAUAGAAAGACCCAGGCAUCACAGUGGGAGCCCCCUAAUACAGUGCAGCAAGUCCCUAAUACAGUGCAGCAAGUUGCCUCAGGACACUCUGGCAACAUGGUUUUCAGCAAUGCAGUUAAUGGGAAUCAGGAUGAUCGGUCAGCCAUGCUCAAGAGAUGCAUGGGAUGUGGUGGUUGGGGAGUAGGCCUUGUGCAGAUGUGGGGUUACUGCAAUCAUUGCACUCGAGUUCUCAACCUUCCUCAAAGCCAAUACUUGGCAUCCAGUUUGCAGCAGCAAUCCAGAAGUAAUGUGAAUAUCAAAGGAGAUUCAGAGAGAAAGCCUUCUAAGCAAAGGUCCAACUUAAAACCCCCAAUAGGAAAAGGCAGUAAAAGGGACAGCAGGAAACGGGCCUACACAGAGGAUGAUGAGUUGGAUCCCAUGGAUCCAAGCUCUUAUUCAGAUGCUCCCCGGGGUGGCUGGGUUGUAGGGCUGAAAGGUGUACAGCCACGGGCAGCCGAUACCACAGCCACGGGUCCCCUCUUUCAGCAGCGUCCAUAUCCCUCUCCUGGAGCUGUCUUGCGAAAGAAUGCUGAAAUUGCUUCACAAUCAAAGAAACCAGGGUCUCAUUAUGCGCCUAUAUCCAAGAAAGGGGAUGGAAGCGAUGGACUUGGUGAUGCUGACUGAGAAUCUCAACUAUGCAAACAUGCAGUCAUUAGCAUCUUUGAUUCUGCAGCAUUCAUCCAAGCCAUGUGAAUUGUUUGCCCUUUGACCAAGCACAGUAUACCAUAGUUUACCCUAUUGUCAGCUGCACAAUACGCUCUUCAAUGCAUGGAAGAAUUUCACUCUUUACCAGAAUCAGAACCGUUGAGGAACUGGAUGGCUGUUCAAGUGAGAAACUUAAUAGGGUGACUUUCUAAGAAGAAGCUUGAACCAAUGUGAAAGUGGUUUUUGUUGAUUCGGCUAUGCAUUUUUGGCUUCAUAAGCCCAAUUUCUGCAAUGUUGAAAUCGGAUCUCUUCAGCAUAUCACUGUGAGCUGGGGCAGGAUUGUAAGUGGUUUUGACAUGUAGAAAGAAGGGAGUAUACCGAAUUGACUAUUUUUAACUGAAAAAACAAGUAGGGCAACCUUUAAAGAAUUCUGUUGUAUUUACCCUUAAAGUUUGAUAGGUAUUCUAUGAUUUUGGGGGCCUUCUCCUAAGAAUGUGUUCUUUUACCCUAAUAGUAAUAAAUUGGUAGUGCUGCUACAGCAGUAAGUUUUGUGUCUUUCUA